AUGCCAGUUGCAAGAAACCUAUUUGUCCAAGCCAACAACCUCAAGCACUUUAUCCAGUCUGUGCUGACAGGCCAUGGAGUCCCGUCUCCCUCUGCCCGCAUUGUGUCAGACUGUCUUGCACUCGCUGAUCUGCGGGGCAUCGACACCCAUGGCAUCAAUCGUCUCCCCUCGUACCUGGACCAAAUCAAAGCCGGGGUCUUAGAUCCUAAAGCCAAACCUACCGUGGCGCAAGUUACCCCUGUGGUUGCACAGGUGGACUGCCACAACGGGCUGGCGUACGUAGCCGCCACACAGGGGAUUGAAAGGGCCAUCGACAUGGCGAACAGCUACGGGAUCGGAUUAGUCUCUGUCAAACACUCGAGUCACCUGGGCAUGUCCGCGUGGGUGGUGCAGAAAGCGCUCGAUGCAGGUAUGAUGAGCAUGGUGUUGACGAAUGCGUCGCCGACGGUGCCUGUAUGGGGCGGGAGUGUCAAACUCAUGGGCACUUCGCCGAUCGCCUGUGGUGCGCCUGGUGGACGUGAGAAACCAUUUCUGAUGGACAUGGCUACGACAGUUGCGACAAAAGGGAGGAUACUGAAGGCGCCGAGGAAUGGGGAGGAAAUUCCCGACACCUGGGCCCUUGAUCGAAAGGGAAACCCGACCACUGAUCCCGAGGAAGCGCUGAAAGGAGGGCUGAGACCAAUUGGUGACCACAAGGGCUCUGCAUUGGCUAUCCUGAUGGAUCUGUUUGCUGGUGUUUUUACAGGGUCGGCGUUUGCCGGGCAGGUUGGCAGUCCGGAUGACGUGUCCAAGUUCUCGGAUAUCGGCCAUUUGUUUAUUGUCUUGAAGCCGGAUCUGUUCAUGCCAUGGGAAGAGUAUUGUAAGCGUGCGGAUCACCUUUAUCGGACUGUGGUUGAUUCGGAACCGUUGGACGGCGUGGAGCGGAUCUACUAUCCAGGGGAAAGAGAGCAACUAACCUACGAGGAGAGGCUUAGAUCCGGGGUUCCUCUGACUAGAAUGGACAUUGACAAGCUGAAUACAUAUGCUGAUGCCGUCGGGGUUGAAAGACUGGUUGUCUCUAAGCGAAGGGAAUGA